UCGAGUAUUUCCGGCGGCCACCGGAUGUUGCCAAGGAAUAUUGAGACGCUUGUUGAGAUCAGCCCAUAAUCGGUAAGGUGGAGGUUAAUGAAGACGCUCGUUACGAUUUAACUGCAUUUCACGAUAUCGGCUGGAAAAACAACGUGAAGCCCCGACAUAUGUGUUCUUGCUGGGCCAUACCACGCAGUGGACCAUGAUGGAUCGAAGAAGAGCUUUGACUAUUCCAUUUAGUGUUGAAAAGGAUAACUUGAUGGAAAGCCCACUAAAAAUAUCCAAGAUCUGUCUUUCAUCGCAGUGUGGGACGUUAGACAGACAGGUUUCCUGGACAGCAUUUGCAGGAAGUAAACUUAGACAUCAUGAUUCAGAGCAUAAAAAUGGAUCCAGGCUGUUGGAUCACAACACUGCAACUAUGGUGACUCUACAAAUGGCCACGAGGAAACCCUGUCUCGUCCUGACAGAUGUCUUAAAGACAGAUCUGGGCAAGACUUAUAUGGAAAAAAUUAAACCGAGUCAUACCCCAGGAAAUGGAGGACAAAUGUCAAGUACGUCCAAGGAGAGAGAUCGGUGUAAAGAAGAUCCUGGGGUCUGCAGAGAACUGAGGACCAUUCACGGAGAGGCCAAACAUGACAAGAGAAAUGGCAUAUGCUGUAAACGCAACCAGACGCCCAACUCCCCCUCUCAAAGGUCAAGACCCAGGAGAAGGUCCCAGAGUAUUGAUAACAAAGAGGACAGAGACAAAAACAAAGACGUCAAGGAGAGGAUGAUCGACAACAGCAACGGAGAAAGCUACAAAUACGCUGAAGUCGUAGAUUGUGGGUUGUCGGUGAGCUGGGAGCCUGCUGAGAACAUGAGAGAUUGUUCUGAGUUUUCCCCAAAGAUCAAGGAGAAGUGGACUGAACCGGAAAAAGAAGUUCAGCAAAGUGUGAAGAGAAAACUGAACGAUUCAGUGUCCCUGCACAAUGGCACAGUGAGACCUAAACGGCCCCGUGAGAGCGUGCUUCGUCUGACCGGAGAAGAUGGAAGAGACAGAGUACCUGCCCGACCUGAAGUUUGUGUUGCAGAAAGUGAAGAAGAUGGAGAUUCUGAGAACGUGGACCGUACCAUUGUACAGUUCACUGUGGGAGGGGAUGAUGGAAGAGAAGUUCUGGUCCCGAUCAUCACCCCUUAUUUGGACGCCAUCAACACCCAAAGAGAUCGAGAGUCCAGCCAGGACAGCACAACCAAAACAAGCAGCCCUUCAGACCUAAUUGUGCUGUCCAGUGAUGAUGAGGAGAGCGACAAUGUUCCUCCGCACCACAGACCACCGGUCACACUGGUCCCUAUGGAAGAUACAGUUAAACAGAAGGCUGUGAUCAGACAAGAUGAUUGUGUCUUACAGGACAUGCAGGUGCUGCGUGUAAUUGACGACGAGCUUCCUGUUUCGGUGGCACGUUGUCCCAUCGACCACUCCUGCAUGAGCAUAGCCUUCUCCACCCUACACUGUGGCGGCUACCGAGGGAAAGCAAAUGGCAACUUCAUGAUGGCAGACCAUGGAAUCAUCAUCCCUCUGAAAGACCCUAAUGAACAGGUGGAGCUGAUGUUAACGUUUGAGCGCAAAGCUCUGAGGAGGUACAGUGUCUGGGAGGAGCAGGAGAUGGAGAUGCGUGAGCUUCACUUUAACGGUGACGAGAAUCCCCUCCCUGCUGCCGUCCUCGUGCUUUGUGUGUCAGACACCGCUGCAGCUGAGAUGCAGCCCACCCUCAGCAAGCUGUCCGUCAAACAGGAUGGAAACACUAACACUGGCACAGCCAGCCCCUUCAUCCUGCUGACUCUGAGACACCCUCUAGAAGGAAUGGAGGGCGCUUUGCUACGCUCCCUCCUGGACAUCGACUGUUUGAACAGUCUGACACAUAAACAUUCUCUGGGAUCCCUCGGCUCAGACAGAUUCACUGUUUGGGAAGAGAUCCAGACUCCUGUCCUUUGUCUUGAUGAAAGCAUUGAACUGAUCAGAAAAAUUGGACUCGACUCACACCUGCUGUGUCUGCUGGGCCUCGAGAGCCCCGACCCUGAACUUGACGCACACAGUUCACACUCUGACAGAGAGGAAAACAACAUGCUGCAGAUCUGUCCGGAGGUUGAGCUGCAAAAAGAGACGCCCCCGGAGCCGGAGAGGACAUCAGAGGAAGACAGAGGGACAGAAGCCAAACCUGAGGAGGAUCAGAAAGAAGAGGAUGAACGUCCGUCUGAGAAGAAAAAGGAGGGACCCACCCCUGUAUACACACUGUGCCAUCGUCGCAGCAAAGGAUCGUACACCGUGUCCCACUGUAAACCAGACUCCAGCUGGAUUAAAUAUAAACACAGGGGUCUCCCCAGCAGGUUAAUCCAGUUUCCUCCUCCUCCACUAAAAGGAGGAAUAACUGUUACAAUGGAAGACCUGCAGUGCUUGGACAGCGGGCAGUUCCUCAACGAUGUCAUCAUCGAUUUUUACCUCAAAUACCUCCUCCAUAAUGCCUCCGCUGCUGUGGCUGAGCGCUCCCACAUCUUCAGCAGCUUCUUCUUCAAGCAGCUGACGCGGAGGGACAACGCCAGCGAAGGCGCCACCAGUGACACCUGUCAGAGGCAGAGGCGGCACCAGCGGGUGAAGACGUGGACACGCCAUGUGGACAUCUUCAAAAAGGACUUCCUGUUUGUCCCUGUCAAUCAAGAGGCUCAUUGGUAUUUAGUCGUCAUUUGCUUUCAUGGGCUGAAUGAGCCUAAAUUCGAGGCCUGGCCUGGUCCAGACUCAGAGAAAAGCCAUGAGGAGACAGAAAAGCUGCAGGAACAGGACGAGGUUCAGAGAUCGAAACGUCCAAAUGACACAGAGACCCCACCUCAGGAAAACCCCAGUGACAACGUGGCACCUGAGACAGAAAACUCUAAAGAGCAGCUUGCCAAGGACCCACCACCUGGUCCAGUGAGGUGCACGGAGAAAACUUUCCAGAAAAGGGUCGUUUGCAAGAGGCCGUGCAUCCUCGUCAUGGAUUCCCUCAAACUUUCUCUUCACGAGCGAGUCUACAAACUCUUACGGGAGUACUUGCAGUCAGAGUGGGAGGUCCGUCGUGGCUCAUCGAGGGAAUUUAGCCCUGAUCACAUGAAAAGUUCACACUGUCAAGUUCCCCGUCAAGACAACAGCAGUGACUGUGGCCUUUACCUGCUGCAAUAUGUCGAGAGCUUCUUGAAGGACCCGGUGGUUCACUUCGAUCUCCCCCUACGCCUAGAGCGAUGGUUCCCUCGACAGCAGGUGCGGCGGAAACGAGACGAAAUCAGAGACCUGGUACUUAACCUUUACAGAUGGCAGAAGCUGGACAGUGACUUAUAGACACAAGGAGCAGUUUGGCUGCUUGCUUCAUCACAUUCCCUGUAGCUAUUACAAAUCACUGCUCACACUGGGUAACGGACAUUUCAGCGUGAACCGGAGAUAUUCCUUUUAGGUUCGAUUUAGGCGUUGGACACAUUAACGUGAACAACACUUUGACUAUCUGUGGCUCCUGUGACUGAAUAUGAAGGCAGCAGUAAAUUCAAAAUAAACACGUAGCUGUCCAUACAACCUGGAAUACAAAGCCGGUAAUAUCCAGAAAUGCAAAUGUGUGUACACCUAGUGACCUUUUAUUGAUUGUUUUUAUUCUGCAAGAUAUUCUAUAAAAGGCAUUAUUUGUAAUGGAUGUUCUAUAUUUUCUUGUUUGUCAUCAGAAUUUUCUAAUUUGUCAUCUUAAACGCAGCCAUAAUACACGUUUCAGUUAAAAUGUUUUCCCCACUGAAGUCUCAGGGACUUGAAUCUGACCCAUCACUCGCAUCAUUUUCCCUUUGUUGAACUCUGCCGCUCACUCUGUGCCUCACUUAGUCUCAGACAAGAGAACUGAGCAUUCACUCAUCUUGUCUUGUGUGUGUCUGAGUGUUUCCCACUCUGUGUUACAAUUUGUGUUACAAUCCAUCAAAGGCCCUGCAACCACAGUGAGUUUCAUGGUAUCAGCUGAACUUACAGAAAUACUCCAAACCAAGGAAUUGAUAUAUUAACACAACUAACACAAUUUGACCAGUGUGCAGCAAGUGAUUCAUUAAUUAAUACAUCAAUGAAUCUGAUUACUACUGUGUUUUCUUAAGUGAUGUUGUCCAAAUUCCAGUAAUCACACUUUACUAAAGCCCAAGGUAAUGUCAUCAUGUUAGCUGUUGAGCCCUAAAUCCAAAGGUAUUGUUGUUAUUGUCACUCAAACUAAAGGGAAGAAGAAACAUUUAGCUGAAAUUAGAUUUUUUGUGAUUUUUAGUUAUUAACUAAUGGAUUAAUCAAAAAAUAUAGAAAAAUCGAAAUGUUGUUGAUCCUGUUGUGGAUUUGGCUCCUUUUUUUGACCAAACUUAACGAGUGUAAGUAAAUGGCUGCUAUAAAGUAAACUACUAGCUACAGUAUUUACUGUAGAUGUUCUGUACAUAUGUGUUAUGUUCAUGCAAACUACCGUUUUUCAUCCAUAAAGCGUAUAAGUGAACGAGUUCUUUUGAUAAAUUUCAGUUGAGGGGUGCGCACACACUGGCACAUAACAAUAUUCUGUUAAUGGUAAACACUGCUUGAUUAAGAUCUGCGAUGACCCGAAAGUUUCAGUUCAACUCCUCUGUUCUCGACAGAGAUAAGUUCCGUUCAUCUUUCAGGUUUCUUAUACAAAGUCCUUGAUAUGUCUUUUUUUAGAUCUUAAUCAUGAAUGUUCAGGAGCGGUUUCCAAAAUAUGUUUGGUUUCGAUUCUGUAUUAAAAGUUAUAGA